GCCCGCGGCUGCCGGUUCAGGCAUUCCCCCUUGUCCCAUGCUUCAAGGAUGGCUCUCCCUAUCAUUGUGAAAUGGGGUGGGCAGGAAUAUUCUGUGACCACGCUUUCCGAAGACGACACUGUGCUGGAUCUCAAACAGUUUCUCAAAACUCUGACUGGAGUGCUUCCAGAGCGUCAGAAGUUACUUGGACUCAAAGUUAAAGGCAAACCUGCAGAAAAUGAUGUUAAGCUUGGAGCUCUCAAACUGAAACCAAAUACUAAAAUCAUGAUGAUGGGAACUCGUGAGGAGAGCUUGGAAGACGUCUUAGGUCCCCCCCCUGAUAAUGAUGAUGUUGUCAACGACUUUGAUAUUGAAGAUGAAAUAGUUGAAGUAGAAAAUAGGGAAGAAAACCUGUUGAAAAUUUCUCGCAGAGUGAAAGAGUACAAAGUGGAAAUUUUGAACCCUCCUAGGGAAGGGAAAAAACUGUUGGUACUAGAUGUUGACUAUACCUUGUUUGAUCACAGGUCUUGUGCUGAGACUGGUGUAGAGUUGAUGCGGCCUUAUCUUCAUGAAUUCCUAACAUCUGCAUAUGAGGAUUAUGACAUUGUUAUUUGGUCUGCAACAAAUAUGAAGUGGAUUGAAGCUAAAAUGAAAGAGCUGGGAGUGAGCACGAAUGUAAAUUAUAAGAUUACCUUCAUGUUGGACAGUGCUGCUAUGAUAACAGUUCAUACUCCACGGAGAGGACUAAUAGAUGUAAAGCCUCUUGGUGUUAUAUGGGGAAAGUUUUCGGAGUUUUACAGCAAAAAGAACACCAUUAUGUUUGAUGACAUAGGCAGAAAUUUUCUAAUGAACCCCCAGAAUGGACUCAAGAUAAGGCCUUUCAUGAAAGCACACCUGAAUCGAGAUAAAGACAAAGAGCUCCUAAAACUCACUCAGUACCUCAAGGAAAUAGCCAAAUUAGAUAACUUUUUGGACCUAAAUCACAAAUAUUGGGAGAGGUAUCUCUCAAAGAAGCAGGGGCAGUAGUUACAAGUUCCAUUGGCAGUUACUGAAGACACUUGAGACCCAGGAACUUCCUUUUCAUCACAGUAGUGCUGGACACUGAAGCAGAUAUCAAGCUGCUUGUACUUGGUCUUCCAGUUUUUUGGUAAACUUCAUUUUAUAUUUUUGAAGAUCAUAGCAAUAUGCUAAAAAAUAGUCCUCUUUCCCUAUAUCAGCAUCCUGUUACUCUUGAAAAUAUUUUCUCCAGUGUUAAAUACUGAGUCCCUCCCCACUCUAACACACAAAAA